CAGCUCAACAAUGAAAACUGUUGCAAUUGCGGUUUUAGCUAUAAGUAUUUUUGGGGUGCUGGUGACAGCCAGACCAGAUAGGUAUGGGUCAGAGGGUCACAGUUUGAGCAAGCACCAACAAAGGCCUCCACAUGAGUCUGGUGAGGAAGAGAGACCAGUUGGACCACCAAGCAGCGAUGAGGACUCGAAUGAACAUGAAAGCGGUUCGGGCAAUCAUCCAUCACAGGGACAACGUCCUCCACAUGACCACGACAAUCGUCCGCCACAUGGUCAUCGUCCUCCACAUGGUCACCGUCCUCCACAUGGUCACCGUCCCCCGCAUCGCCCGACAACACCUUCACAGGAAGAUAGCACAUCCAUCGAACCGGAAGACUCAACUACCUCUGAGUCUAAUGGAUCUUCUCCUCAGGAGUCGACUACCUUGCCGCCAGAAGAGUCUACAGCUCUGCAACCUGAAGAGCUUACUACCUUAAAGCCUGAGCAAAAUACCACGGUUUAGAAUAUUAAUUGUGGUUUUACUAAAAGUAUUCUUUUAAAAUAAAUAAUUACAAAAUUAACAAAAAACCUUUUUUUUUGCUUCAAUACAAUUAUAAAAAAAAUUAUAAAUAAAUGUGAGACUAGUUUAAAAUUAUACAUAAUCCAAAAAUCAACAUAAAUUAAUGAUUUUUCCCAAUUUCCAGCAAUAGACUUUGCUUAGUCCAA